GGUAGUCAUGUGACGUACCGCUAGGGGUUCGGCUCUACAGUGUGUCACCCGUUUAUAAAUAGCCAGUGGAAGCUAUCGCACAAUUUAGAUUCAAACCUCUGGAUUAUCUUCCAACAUUUUGGGCGAGCUUUAAGGUUCCCUUCUGUUUUCAAAAUGUGGGACGGACCGGGACAUGGGCAUCGAGGGGGUCCAGCAUUUCGAGGUGAUCAUCGCGGGGAGAGAUUUGGUGGCAGAGAUCGCUCUAUGCUUGAUUUUAGACCUAGAGAUCAAAUGAACAUGGGCCCCUUUGGCCCCAUGGGUUCAAGACCCCUAGAUUUUCCUCAAAUGGACAUGAGAAGAAUGGACGGUCCGCCAAUGCGGGGGCGUGAUAUGGACCCACGUGAUAUGCGUGGCCGAGAGCCUAACAGAGAUUUCUUCAGAUCUGGAGAAGAACAGAAUUUUAAUUUUAGAAGGCAGUAUGACGGUCCUUUCAGAGAAAACGCAAUGAAUUUACAUGGUUUCCCAGGCUCGGGUAGAAACCAGCCAGAUAUGGGAGCAAGAGGGAUGCCACAAAGGGAGCAUGACCGGUACAUGGGCAUGAGAGACAGGGACUCGUCUCACUUUGAUAUGCCUCAGCUCAACAAUCCUAACAUGGAAGGGAGGCGUGGGUUUCCUUUGGAUAGACAAGACAGAGGCGACGAGUUUAGAGAUAGACAUGACAAACCUCCAAUGCGGGGCACUGGUCCUCUUGAAAUGAACAUGCCGCCACAUGAAAGGACAUUGAUCAACUCAGAUCGGCGAGGAGGGCAUAAUUUCCCUCAGCGAGGUGGGUUUGGUUCUGAUAUGGAUUUUCGUAACCGCCCUGGCCCGUCAGCUGACUUCAGGUGUCGAGAACGCUCUCCUUUACGAUUCGGACAUUUUGGCUUCCCUCCAAAGGAUGAAACGCAGUCUGAUGUCCAUCCAGAUACGAGUGAUUCUAGACAAUCAAGGGAAGGGGAAUAUCCGGAGCUGAGUGAAAGUCAACUGAUGGAUUACCGAAGUGGCGAAGAGAUGACUCUUGCAGAAGAGUGGAAAAAUCGGCAAAAGGAUAAACAGACGUUCUUAAACAAGGACACGAGAACCGCACCAGAACCCAGCUUCCCUGGUUAUUUUGGUAGAGAUAGCAGUAGGACUUCACCACCAUUUUCCAAACCAGGUCAGCCACCAGCUGAUUUUGAUCGGAAAGAUGGCUUUCCUCAUGGUGAUCGCUUUGUUUCAAUGGAGCAACCACCUCUUGGCAACAAUACUGCCCAAAACCAUCAGCUCCUUACAGGAACUCCUAAUGCUGGCGCUCUUGGAAUGGAAAACAAGAAUACAUUUUGGCCUGGCCAAGAAGGCCCAAACCGUCAUUCCAAUCGGUCCAAUCACAAUGAAAGGCUUGGAUUCCCUCCAGAGAAGAGUCAAGACCUUCAAGAGUCUCAGAAUCCCAUCGAUGAUUUAAAAAGACACAAUGCGGGACCUGUCAAAAGCAAUGUAGAGGAAGGUAGUGACUUCCCAAGCAGUGAUUCUUUACAAGGAAAAGACCAAGACUAUCGAGACAUUGACUACAGAACUGGCUCUGGAAGAAUAUUUGAUUACAAGAGCGAGGAGUUGCAUGCGACGGAACCGCUGAUCAAAGACUCUGAGCCUGUCGCAUCUUCAAAAUUUAGUGGGCCUGCUUCUCAGGAUCAAGAUUACCGGAGUGCAUCAUUAGAGGACAAGGUGUCCCAGUCCAUCUCCAUUACAGGCAUUCCAAAAUCUGCUACAAUGGAGCAGAUUCUUAAUGCCUUUGCGGAUCAUGAUGGUGUGCUAAUGCGGGGAAUGAAGAUCAAGAGUGUUGUUCCAGGUUACAGCUACGAUACCGCCUAUGUGGAGUUUUUAAAGCUCGAGGAUGCAGUCCGCUUCAUGGAGUCCAACAAGGGCUCCCUGAAGGUUGGCACUAAAAGCGUUUCUAUGAAGUACGUCCAUUCAGAGGAGCAUAAAAGUGGUGUCCAUGAAUCAGAUCUGAAACCAUCCCACCUCCAGGACGCCUCCCUGCCUAACACCGAUCAGCCGUCAGAGGAGCUUAACACCAGCAACCAAAAUGGGUACAAUUCAAAAGGCCCCAUGGAUCCUCUGUCCCAGCCUCCUCUGCAGAGAAGUUCUGACUUGACGCCGGAGGCUUGGCAACAACAGGUGGACCAACGUCUUCAGCAGCAGGAAAAGGACUCGUAUUCAGAGUCCUGGGGUAACCCUCACCUCCCUCCUCCGCAUCAUGGUGCGCAGCACAGUUCACAGCAGUCUGAUGGGAUCUUCAAGUACAGCAAAACAAUGAUCAUCAAAAAUGUCAAGCCCACAACCACAGUAGAGACCUUCCUGAAAGCUCUGGAUCCCUUUGCCUACCUGGAUGAGAGAAAUGUCCGUCUAGUAAAGGCGAAGCCUCCAUCAACAAAGUGUUUCUGCUUUGUUGACAUGGACUCACAUGAGCAAGUGACACGACUGGUGGAGCUCCUCACGAAGCCUAAACCUCUCUAUAUUGAUGGGGUCAGAGUUUAUGCCGAGGUUGCAAAACCUCUGAAGAACAGAGACUUCAGGAGGGACUUUGAUAAACCGAGCAGCUCCAUCAUGGGAUAUCCGGCUGAUGCCAGCACGUCUCAACCAGUGCCGCAUCAGCACCCGCCACUGUUCACUCAGCCUCCACCUUUUAUGCCUCCCACGCACCCACCGACGUUUCCUCCUCCUGCAGUGCACGUAGGCAAUAGGACGACUGGUGUCCCCAACCCAGCUGUGCAGUCAGACCCCAGCUUCUCUCAGGGGCUUGGUUAUGGUCCGACACCAGUCCCAGAUCCGUUGGGGCCGGCUGCUGGAGCCAACAUGCCACCGGUAUCCGAAGGAGUGUCUGCCACUCCAGAUGCCUCACACUCGUACAGCUAUGCUACAGAUACUCCAGACGUGAGCGGCUAUUUAUACGAUGCCACAUCAGGUUUUUACUACGACCCAGAAACCACACUGUACUACGAUCCUAACUCGCGUUACUUUUAUAAUGCCCAAAACCAAGAGUACUUGUACUGGGAUGCUGCUUCAAAGACCUACAUCCCGGUGCCGAGCGGGUCGUCUGAGAACCAAACUGUGAUGAUGACAGCUGAGGACCAGGCCAUCCUCUCCAACCCUGCUGCAAAUGCUCCUCUGGAACUGAAGAAAACAUCAGAGGCGCCACACACGGCGCAAGCUCCAGCAACUUCUGCUACCUACACAAAUCCUGAUCCUGUUGAGAGUACGCCACCAACCUCCGAGAAAAAAGAGGAGGACGAGGAGUCUGCGAAGAAAGAGAAGGAGCGGGAGAGCAAAGAGGAGAAGCCCAAGAGUCUUGCUGCUGUCAAGAUCAUGAAGGAUAUGGAGCGCUGGGCCAAGAUCCAGAACCGCCAGAAGGACAGUGUGCGGUCGCCAUCGACGGUGAGGUCGGGCUCAGACGAAGACAAGAGGCAGUCCAAGUCAGCCGAUGUUGGAUUUGCUGUUUUUGAGCGAAAGAACUCAGGAGGUGAAGACCUCUUCAAAAAACCUCUCGCUCCACCAAAGACCAAAGAUGAGAAGUCAAAACGUCCCAUGGGAUCACUGGGACUCCUGGCAUCAGAUUAUGCAGCCGGGAGCGACGAGGAGGUGGAAGAAGAUAAGGAGGACCCAGCAAAAACCAACCAGGUGAAGCGUUCGGAGGAGAAGGAGGACAAGCUGACGGACUGGAAGAAGAUGGCCUGUCUGUUGUGCCGGAGACAGUUCCCAAACAAGGAUGCGCUGAUUCGCCAUCAGCAGCUGUCUGACCUGCACAAGCAAAACAUGGAGAUUCACCUCAAAAUUAAGAGGUCGAAAAAGGAGCUGGAAGCACUUGAGCAUCAAGAAAAACAAGUCAUGUCCUUGAAGAGUGGCAAAGAGGCCACCAAGUUGCCUGAAUCUAAGCGGAAGAAACAACAACAACAACAACAACAACAACAACAACAACAACAACAACAACAGCAGCAGCAGCAACAUCAGCAGCAGCAUCACAGUUCAUGGGCCAGUAGUUCGAGGGACGAUGUCAGUUCACUAAGCGAGAGGCCUGGAUUAGGGGCAGAACCCCCUCAGAAGAAGAAGAAGAAGGAGCCCGUGGUCUGGGAGGGCUACGCCUCUUACAAACAAGCUGUGCGGAAGGCCAUGUUCGCAAGAUUUAAAGAACUGGAAUGAUUGCGCAUCACCAAACACCAGUCCAGUUGCAUGGAUUAUGUUGGACUGAAACACAUGGUCGUCGGUUUCCCACUGAGGCAAUUUUAGGAACCAGUGUUGGAAGAUGUUUUUUUUUUUGUUGUUGUUUUCUUUCCCAGACAUCUGCUAUUAGAUGGUAUCUUUUGGCUGGUUAUUAAAUUAAAUGAUUUUUUUUUUACACUUGAAUUGACAAUAUUGUAUGUACAAAUAUUUUUUACAUAAAAAAGACAUCUGGCUGAA